UCUCUCUCUCUCUCUCUUUCUCCUUCCCCCUCCUCCCCACGCUUUGCGCGCCUCGGCUCCCGCCUGUCUGGCACCUUCCCACAGACUCCUGCAUCCCCGGAUGCGCGUGUCCUCGCCCCGACUAGGCAUCUGCGUGACCUCCCACCGGUCAUGACCUCCCCUCCCCCCUCUUCCGAGGCCCUGCCCGUCAAUGCCGGGGACUACUUCGCCAGCUCCGGCCUCGCCCCGAGCCCGCCGCUGAACUCCCCGGAGGAGGGAUCGGAAUCCGGGGCCACUGUGUCGACGGUCAUUUCGGCUUCGGCGCACGAGCGUGUGCCGGCCGCGGCGGCGGCGGGGCUACGCUCGCGCCCGCAGCACCCGCCAGCCCCGACCCCGGGCUCGGGCAGCCUCGGUCGGCCUGCCGGCACCGGGGAUGGCGCUCCGAUUGUCAGCUCCUUCUCCCCGCGCAGCAUCUUCCCCCAGCCGUCAGUCAACCAGCCCAGGCUACACUACAUCCACCUGCCGACCGAUGACAGCUGGGGCUGCUGGCUGGAUGACUAUGCUCCGGUGGCGGCGGUCAUCUUCAUCAUCGUGGUGUUGUUCUGCUACAAUCUCGACUCGCUGUAUCCCUUCGCCGCGCCCUGGGUUGAGCUCGGGGGCUACCAUCCACCAUCGAGCUUUGACUCUCCUCUUGGGCAAUUCACGCCGCGCUACUCCCCGGUGGCUGGGCGCGACUUUACCAACAUCCUCUUUUUUGCCGCGGUGCUGGUGGCCUUCGAUGCGGCCUUCCGCGACGCCUUCAAGACGAUCGUCCACGCAUUCUAUCCCGCCAACCCGACCGACCUGGCCAGUGUCAACCAGAUGGAUCUCUCCCCGGCUCCCGGCAGUCCCAUGACACCAUCACUGUCUAGUGGGCCGACUGGCCGCCGGCAAAUCAAUGCCCGGAUCCUGGAGGAUGCCACUCGGCUUUUCCUCUUCCACGCCGGUGUCUCAAUUAUCAGCAUCUGGAACUUCCGGCCCCUGACAUUGCUCAUGCCGACGGAGCUCCUCUGGCGCGACUGGCCCCAGUGCAACCUGACUGGCGUGCAGAAGCUCUUCUUCAUGAUGCAGAUUGCCUUCCACCUGAAGGAGACCACCUCACGACUGCUUAGCCGCAUCGCCGGUCGGGAGAUGGCUCGCGGGACGCCGCCUCUCACCCCAGCACGACUGCUGAUGAAGGCCUCGGUCGUUGUCCUCCUUUGGAUUGCCUACCUCUCUGGCUUCACCCGUGCGGAGCUUGUUCUGCUGUUGGCAUUCGACUCGGCCGCUGCCCUGCGCCAUGCGCGGGUCAUUUGCGCGGUUCUCCAGCGCCCGCGCUUUGCCCUGGUCUUCCGCUAUGCACACGUCCUCGCCUGGAUCAUCAGCCGACAUGUCAUCUAUAACAUGGUCCUGUGGAGUCUGUGGCGUUGUGAUGUCGGGCUGCUGACCAACAGUGCACCCUCCUCGGCGGGGCCCUUCGACAGCCCCCGGUGGCUGGGCUGGGUUGGUGGCCUUGCGCCGCCUUUCCCCCUCCGGAGGUCCCCAUUGGUUGUGCUGGCCUUGGCUGUUGGCCUGGUUUAUGAGCUGAUCCAGGGACUGGUUACCUGGCAGCUGGUGCGCGGGCUUUUCGGUCGGCCGAGGGCGUCGGGGCCGGCCCCGGCCCCCGGGUCGCCGAAGACCCGCCGCACGCCACCCAUGCUCCGAGCCGACACGGCUCCGUCGCCAUCCACCGGUGGCGGUGGCCCUCGACCUCGGUCGCCUCAGGGCGGCUGACGGCCUGCCGCGCGCUCGUUCCCCCCCCCCCUUUAUUCCCACAUAGCCUCGAGAAGGGGGAGGAUACACAGGCCGCCAAAGGAAGAUGAACUCCCGAGAGACGUCAAAGGGUGUCCCCUUCCUCCCCCCUGGCCUGGCAAAAAAACAAAAAUACACCCGUGUCCUUGUAUCA